AUGUUAGCUGCCACAAUUAACCCUUCUUGCAAUUCAAAAUUUCAGAUUGAGAUUGAGCACUCGAAAGAGAUGACACUAAUCUUUACUUCGAGCCCUGAGCUCUCACAGCUCAGCUUUUUAGCUGGCAUAGCAGGUCUAUUCCUUACUACCCUCAUUUAUCGCACCUUCUACCGGCCCCUUUUUUCCACACCACUUCGGAAAAUCCCAGGUCCGAAGGCCUUUGCUGCCUCAAAAUGGAGAUUGGCCUACGAGGACUACAAGGGCGUCAGGACACAAUUAAUCCACACCCUGCACAAGGGGUACGGCACGGCAGUACGCAUUGGCCCAAAUGAAGUAUCUUUCUCUUCUCUUACUGCUCUGCGUACAAUAUACGGUGCCGGGUCCGGCUUUGAGAGAACAUACUUCUAUCGGAUGUUCGAUGUGUACGGUCGUCAGAAUCUCUUCACAUUUGCGGAAGUGAAGAAACACACAGAAAGGAAGAAGCUCUUGGCUCAUGCUUACUCCAAGAGCGCGAUGCUCUCACCGAAUGCGAUUGCAAAGCCUCUGAUAGAGAAGAACGUGCAAGGAUAUCUGGAUCUCCUUGACCGGGAGAAGCAUGUCGCUGAGGAGAUAUUCCAAAGCUUGCAUUGGUUCAGUCUUGACAGCAUCACUGGAUUCAUAUAUGGAGACAGUUACGGAGGAACGAAUGCAGUCCGAGGCAAUGAAGCGCAUAGGAGGCUUAUCAAUGAUAUCAUUGAUCCGAGUAGAAGGCAGCUGAGCUGGUAUGCCGUGCACUUGGAAGGAUACACUAAAUGGCUGUAUAGCAGAACAGGGUUGUCAGAGAAACUAGUCACAGGAUUAGGUAUGCUGCCUAUGCAAAAACCUGCUACUUAUACCGGCAUUCGCGCCCAUGCAUACAAGUCAUCUACUAGAUUUGAACUAGCAGCAUCUGAUAAGCCUCCAGUUGAAGCUCUCUCUAUCAUGGAAAAACUAUGGAAACAUGUCACAUCCGGCAAGGCUCCUCAUAUUGAUAGCCUUGAUAUGGCAUCGGAGCUAGCCGACCAUUUCUUAGCUGGCAUUGACACGACCAGUGAUACCUUGAUGUUCGCACUUUGGGCACUUUCAAGAAAGGAAAAUCGACAAUAUCAGGAGAAACUAAUUGCUGAAGUCCUACAGGUCUCUGAAAAAGACUGUAACGAGGAUGGUAAUCCCACUGUGGAGGCAUCAGAUAAACUGCCUUAUCUUGAUGCUGUUAUCAAAGAGACACUUCGUCUCUACGCUCCGUUACCAGCAUCAGAGCCACGAUCUCUUCCAGUUGACACAACCAUUGAUGGAUAUUUAAUUCCAGCAGGGACCGUGGUUAGCAUGUCGCCGUAUACCCUCCAUCGGAAUCCGCAUGUCUUUCCAGAGCCCUUGGAAUUCAAGCCAGAACGCUGGCUUGGGGAAUGUGGUGAUCUAGUUGAGAUGAAGAAAUGGUUCUGGGCAUUUUCCAGUGGGGGCCGAAUGUGUAUAGGGAUACAUCUUGCGAUGGCGGAAAUGACAACUCUUCUGGCAGCGAUCUACAGACGAUAUACCACAAGCGGAUAUGAGCGACAAAAGGAUAUCAGUCCUGGGGUCACCAGCCGCUUCGAGGUCUUUUAUGACGAGACUUUACCGAAGAUGGAAGAACACGAGUGUUGGGUUGAAUUUAAGAAACAAAAUGCUUAG